UUGUCAAGCGGUCGAUCUUGGAUUUCCUGACUGAUUGACUCUGAAAUAAUUUUCACAAUUUUGAACAAUAAUGUGUUGUUAAUCCUUAAUUUUAUUGUAAAUUAUAAGGUUAAAAGAAUUAUUUGUAAUCCAAUAAACUAAAAACACGUUUAUCCGGCAAAAUGUCGAAGUGGCAAUCUGAGAGGAGUAUACACGAAAUGCUGAAGGAUACGCCGCCAAUAAGAGAGUCAAGCGAUUCCAUCACGUCGGGAACGGAGCCAAAAUUUCCUACGUCACGCUCCAUGCCUUUUCCUCCAGCUUAUGCACCUCCAGAUGUGUCACAGAAUGGUGCAGCUGGCUCCAGUACUUUACUCAGAGCUGGAUCUUCCAAGCUGGAGUCUAUACGAAACUGGGGUGUCUCCACAUACAAGUGCACCAAGCAAAUACUGUACGAAAAACUAGGAAAGAGCUCCCGGACAGUGGAUACAGAGCUGGAAGCCCAAAUCGAAAUGCUCCGUGAGACCCAGAGGAAGUACAACGGUAUAUUGAGACUGAGUUCAGCAUUGACUGCACAUCUGACGGCGGCCGGGCACACGCAACGCGCCCUCGGAGAGGCAUUUGCGGAACUCGCUCAGAAGUCACCGGAGUUGCAGAACCAAUUCCUAUACAACGCGGACACUCAGAGGUCGCUGACCCGCAACGGUGAGACGCUACUGGCGGCGCUGCAUUUCUUCAACAACUCGCUCAACACGCUCACCAACAAGACUAUAGAGGACACGCUGCUCACUAUACGACAGUAUGAGGCCGCCCGAGUGGAAUACGAUGCCUACCGCAGCGAGUUGGAAGCGAGCGGGGGGAAUCCCCCAGAAUUGUUGCUGGCCAACAUUGAGCGGCAUCGGAGACACUACGAGCGUCUACGGGACGAUUCGGCGGUCAAAUUGAAACUGCUUCAUGAGAAUCGGGUGAAAGUGAUGAACAAACAGUUGCUGUUAUUCCACAACGCGGUAUCUGCGUACUUUAGCGGCAACAACGUGGCGCUAGAGGCGGCCGUGCGCCACUUCAACAUCCACGCGCCUGCGCCCGCGCCCGCCGCCGGCGCCGCGCCGGUGCUGCCGCGCACGGCGUAGGGAGAACACGCGGCUUGGAUCCACGGGACUAAUCGCUAGUGUUUGUAAGGCAUUUCAGUUACCUCUUUCUUCUUAUAAAGCCGUUACAGGCUGAAUCUUUUCAAGGUUAUAUACAUUUGUUUAUCGGGUAAAGGAUAAAAAACCAUGAUAUAUGUAUGUAAAUCAUAUAAUGUAUCUUAUAUUGAGGUUCACUGAAGUGUGUUCUUUAUUAUUAACAGUGUUUUAUUAACACAUGAUUAAAACAGUCAAAUACUUUGUCAGGCUUGCUGUAGGCGAAAGGGAUAGAUGUAAUUAUAUUUAAAGAAUUCGAAAUAGAUAAAAAAAAGGAAGAAGGUAAGCCAAAUGCCUUAUCAAUAUUUGUGAAUAGCUCCCGUACGUUUUGUUAGAACGGUCGUAAUAGGAUAUUGCAAGACCAAAUCGAAAUAAUCGUCAAUACUCACAGUAACCUUUUUUUAAUUUAAUUAAAAGUUAUCAAUUAAAUAAAAUAAAUGAAAUAAAGGCACGAAAAUAAUGACAAAUGAUUACCAAAAAAUAAGAAUCUUCCUAGCACAUCUGAAUAAUUUUAUGAAAAUUCUCAUAUAUUGAGAUAUUGCUAUGUUUGCUCACACAAAUUGCUUGCCAUUCAUAAUAACCGUCCACUGGGUUGAAAAUGCUCAAAAUAUUGUGACGAAUGCACUCAAAAAGUAUCAUGUUAAUUUUAUCAAAAUUUUAUGUAUCUUGUAAUACAUACUAUAAUGUAUAAUAUCAACAAUCAAUCUAAUAAUGAAAAUUUUCAUGAUAACCUAACUGUUUUGUUUUGGUUGAAUGUCAGUAUAAGAUUCGAAAUAAAUUCGUCAUGAAAAAAAAAACAGCUUGAAUAUCGAAAAUAAUGAAAAAGUGGUUGUCAGAAUGUUUAACACUAAAUGGCAACACAUUAACGUCACAUCCAAUCGACUGUUGUGAUUGGAUCAUAAGAUUCUUGCUCCAUUUUAAAAUAACCAAUAGCAGCAGGUUAUAAGAUCAGUAUUCAUUGUACCCACAUUUUUGAAAAUUAUAGAAUUUGAUUACAUGAAAUAAUGCCAAUUUGAUAAUUUAAUUUGAUUUUCAUACCCAUAUGGGUAUGAUUUUGUAAGUACUUAAAAAAGUAAUGGUGUGUAAUAUACAAUAACUUGUUAAUAUAGAAUUAGAUAGCAAGGCAAAAUGUUUUCACUUUACUUAUAUAUUAGAAGAAAUUAAAAACAAUAACCAGUAUAUAUUAAUUAAUAAAUAUAAAAAAAACAGUCUGUUAGUUACAUAAAUAAUAAUUCAAGCCAAAUGUUUUUAAAUAGCCACGAAUUUUUUUGCCUUAUCAUAGACAUCUUUUGAAAUAUUUACCUAAAGGCACAUUCAUUACAAGUGUGAAAACACAUAUAAAUAAUAAUCGUCUAACAUUUAUAUUAGAAAAUUAAUACAUAAUGUAUAUUAAUUGCAUUAUUUCUAAGUCCUUGUGUGAUAACUUUAUUAAGAUUGUUUUACCAAAUAUUAGGCUAAUAUCAGUUUUAGUGUAUACUUAAUUUGUAUGUGCCUCUCCCUCAGCUUGUGCAUAUGCCAUGUCAACUAUAAAUUGCUUUAAGUUACGUACUAUGAGACGCAGUAUAAAUGUUUGCAUGGUUUUUACUUUGCAAAAGUUCAAAUCGCCUUAGGCGAAUAAUAACAAAAAAGUAUAUUUCUACUCCGCAGUUUUUUUUAUAACUACGUAUUUUAUUUGUCCAGUAUCCUUUUUUAUUCAUUUAGUGUUACACACACACACACAUCUCUCGUCUGUAUCCCUUACGAGAUAGACACAGCCAAUGUCACAGAAUAAAGAUAUGAAGUAUAUGUGGCAUCUAGUAGAUCAAAUUAAUUAUAAGAAUUUUGUCAUGCUGUUAAUUAUAAAGCAAUAUUAGAUUGAAUAAUCAAAACAAACUUUCAUAUAUAUAAUUAUUGAGGUUUUGUGAGUAUCCGUUCUGUCUACCCCCGUGAGAUAUAAAGACGUGAUAUGUAUGUGUGUAUACAUUUACACUGCGUGUCAUGAGAAGUGCUUGACUUAGCUUGCCUCUUUGAAUAUGAAACUAUUUUUGUAAUGAAAUUGUAACAUGAUAGGAAAAUUUAAGAAUAUUAUUUAAUAUUAGUUAUUUUUUAUGUGUAUUAUUAUAUAUAGCUAACAUUCCUUACUUGAUCUCCAUUUUUGAACUGUAUUUUUUCAUGAGUGAAAUCGAAUAAUAGGUUAGUUAUUUACCUACACACACCCAACGAUUUUUUCCUUCAAUUGAAUUUUGAAUAAAUAUAUUUUUUUGGUUUUUAUGUAAGUUUAUAUGAGUUCAGUUAAACUGUUUAUUGAGUUUGUAUUAAUUUCUGUUAAAUAUGUUUCACCAUUUAACUAAUUUCAUGGUUAAUCUAAAGAAUGACAAUAUUCAAUAGUACAUAACCAAAUUUUGGGGUACUUGAUUUGUCUUAUACUAUCUCUCUCCCUUUUAUUAAAUUUAAACAAGAAAUUUUUAAAUACCCUUAAAAAUCUAUGUUUUUUUUUUUAUUUAAAUUAUAUAUACAUUUUUGACACAGAGCGAUAGCUAUAAGAGAUUUUUCAAGAACCAAAUCAAAGGUUUUCUAAGAUUGAGUCAGUAUAACUAGUCAACUUGUUUCUUAUAUAAUUUUAUUAAACUAUCAAUGUGACUUAUUUAUAUACUUAUUAGAGUAGAGUAAAAUUCACACUUAUGUGUUUAUCAUAUUUUAUAA